UAAAGAGAGGGAGAGCGGUAUAACAGCCUGAAGAGAGUGGUGUCCAGAAUAAGAGUGGAAGAACUGGGAGGACAAAGAGAGGAGAUCUGACAGAGAAGUAGAAAAAGAGGACAAAAGAAGACAACACUGGACUGUAAAUGACAAAGGAACCAGGGAGAGAGCAUGCAAGGAAGAGCUGGGAGCCGAAGAGGUCAGAUAGUUGAACACCUGACAGAUGAAAGUGUUUUAUUUCCUAGAAGGAGCUGUAAGUUUGGGUCUCUGUACUGAAUCAUAUGGAUGGACACAGAAAACCUUUUAUUUUUGAGAUGAUGGGUGGUAACAGUUUUCAGCUUGCGUGUGUUGGACCGUCUCUGCAGCAUUUUGCCUACCUGCACAGUGUUUGACCUUCCUUAGUCAGCAAGCAGUGUGUGACUGCGGAGAGAGAAAAAGAGCAAGAAAGAGAGAGAGGGAGUGUCUACGGGAAAACAGAGAGAGAGAGAGAGAGAGAGAGAGUUAAAGUGGAGUAGUAAGCGAGGGAAUUGUUGCAUUGUGAUUAGUGUGCCUGUGCAGUCUACACUGUCCUCCCAAUGUAAGACCUGUGCGCUACUGCAUGGGGCUCUCCUGGAGGUAAAGAGGCAGCCUGAAGAUUGGAUUUGACCUUUAAUUAAUUACAGCUCCCAAAACCUGGGUACACCAAGACUGAACUGAAAUGGUCUCAACUCCUUGAAAAGGCCUGGAUUUUAAAAAAAAUUUCUUUGUGAAAUGUAUUUUUGAAUUUUCAUAUGCACUUUCAACUGUAGCGCUUUGAAUCCUCUGGAACGAUGGAUAUGUCAGGCAACCCCCAAGGGUGCUCUGCUCGUGCUCCCAAUGUGGGAGACUCUAGGAUGGGGGAGGCUAGAAUGGGAGAGGGGGUGAGAAUAGGGGAGAGAGACACCCCGCUGAGGCUGUCACCUUUCCGUAUGCUUCGAGUGCUUGACUCAUGCCGUCCUCCAGGAAACCGUAUUGGUAUCGUCCAUGAGAAUGUGAAGAUGGGUUCAGAUGGAGAGAGUGACCAGGCGUCUGGGACGUCUUCUGAUGAGGUCCAGAGUCCAGUCAGGGUCCGUAUGAGGAACAACCACCAUCGCCGCAUCUCUAAUGAGACAUUCAGUGGAGCUUUAAAAUGUGUAAAUUACUCAAAGUCGGACAUAAACAAACGUUUGUCUCUCCCAGCUGAUAUCAGGCUACCGGAGGGCUACUUGGAGAAGUUUGCCAUGAACAGCCCGCCCUUUGACAAACCCAUGAGCCGCAGGCUACGACGUGCUUCACUGUCAGAAAUCGGCUUCGGGAAACUUGAGACCUACAUCAAACUGGACAAACUGGGAGAGGGGACAUAUGCUACAGUGUUUAAGGGUCGAAGCAAGUUAACAGACAAUUUAGUGGCUCUGAAAGAGAUCCGACUGGAGCAUGAGGAGGGCGCGCCCUGCACAGCUAUCCGAGAAGUGUCUCUACUGAAAGACCUGAAGCACGCCAAUAUUGUCACGCUCCAUGACAUUAUCCACACUGACAAGUGCCUGACACUGGUGUUUGAGUACCUGGAAAAAGACCUGAAGCAGUACAUGGAUGACUGUGGGAGCAUCAUGAGUGUUCACAAUGUCAAGAUCUUUCUAUUCCAGCUGUUGCGAGGCCUGGCGUACUGCCACAGGAGGAAGGUCCUUCAUAGAGAUCUUAAACCCCAGAACCUGCUCAUCAAUGAAAAAGGAGAGCUCAAACUGGCAGAUUUUGGUUUGGCACGAGCCAAGUCUGUCCCUACGAAGACCUACUCGAAUGAAGUCGUGACAUUAUGGUACAGACCACCAGAUGUGCUUCUCGGCUCCACCGAGUACUCUACACCCAUUGACAUGUGGGGUGUUGGCUGUAUCUUCUAUGAAAUGAUCACAGGCAGACCUCUCUUCCCUGGAUCGACUGUGGAGGAUGAGCUUCACCUCAUAUUCCGCAUCCUUGGUACCCCUACAGAAGAGACUUGGCCAGGUGUCACAACCAGUGAAGAGUUUAAGACAUACAAUUUCCCCCGAUACCACGCAGAACCCCUCGUCAACCACGCCCCCAGAAUAGACAAUGAUGGUCAUGACUUGCUCUCAAUGCUUCUACAGUUUGAGGCUAAGAAGCGUGUAUCAGCCGAGGAUGCUCUCAGACACUCGUAUUUUAGAAGUCUUGGAGAGCAGGUUCAGACACUGGCUGACACUGCAUCCAUCUUCUCCGUAAAAGGCAUUCAGCUCCAGAGAGAUCCCGGAAAGAGAUCCUCAGUCUACCCAGAGUCAACGAUGGCCCAUAAGCUAGGCUCUGCACCCUCGCAGUACUUCCAGAGAGAAGCAGCCAGUCCAAGGGCUCAGAGUCACAAUCUCUCCUCCAAUUCCACUGGCUGAGUGGCCCCUACCGUUCUGCCCAGGGGAAGAGCAGGAGGCAGAGUGUGUUGUUUUAGUGCUGGCGGGGGCGCUGGGGUGAGGAGGACAGUGACACGUGGAGCUGUCCUGUCAGACAUACAUUCACUGACCCUGCCACACACACACACUGAAGGAGCUCAACACACUCUGCCGUAUAAACACAUAAACGCGCGCGUGCACACACACACACACACACACACACACACACACACACACACAAAUAGACACAGACAAAGCAAAAUGAAAGCAAAACCACACUAAGGCUGAAGAAUUCAUACUUGACUAAAAAAAAAAUAAUCUGUUCAACCCUAAAGACAGAAAAAUUAAAAAUGAGAGACGUGCGUGAUGCUGGAAGAAAAGUGGGACUGAACAAGAUUUUCCUUGCUGCUGCUACCGCUGCUGACCAGAAGAGGGCAGCGUUUAGGAUGUGUGCUGACUCGGGUUUUUGAACAGAACUUGCUGCAUCAGGGAGCUGUGAGGAAGAAGGACUGAAAGUGGACAUGAUUCAAAGGAGAAGAAAGAGAGAGGAACCCUGUCGCUCUCUUUUGUGGUUUUUCUUUUUGUUUCGAACUAUUGUUGUACAUAAAGAGACUGAGCUGCAGAACUCUGCUUUUUCAUAACACGCCUCAGCCUGAAUCAAAACUCUGGAUAUUGCACCUCAGCCCUAGACCCUCGCCUAGCCUCUUUACCCUUUAUUACAUGAUCUUUAAAAACAACACACAAACACAAUCUCUCUCUCUCUCUCUCUCUCUCUUUCUCUCAUUCUCUGUCUUUCUGUAUCUCUCUUAAAUACACAAACAUACACACACACACACACACACACUUGGACGUUCACUCGAAAGUUAAGAGUGUGUAGAUCAUUGGAGUUUACAGAGAUAAACUUUAGCACCUUAUUGUCCAGUCGAGGUCAGGGUGGUUGUCAUUACGUUACCUCAUCAGUCACUCGAGCAGAGUAGGAUGUAAAGUACACGCUAGAUAUUAGAGUGAAGAAGGAUCAAAAUAAUAAACCAAAAAAAUAAACAACAACUCACUAACCAUAGGGAAAAUGAGCAGAAGUAUUGGAGACCACUACACUACAAUUAAAAGCACUCUGCAACUUACAGACCAGUUGUAGACAAUAAUUACAUUUGUCACACAAUAACAUGCUGUUAAGAACACUACGCUGUUCCAGACGCUCCUGUUCCAGUACACACGAAGGACAACAUUGAAGGACAGAGAGGUAAAGGAAGUGUACAACUCCUCACCUGCUUAUUCUUAGACACCCCCUUCCUCUUUUGCCUUGACUCAGAAGUUGUCCUGAUUUGUUGUGUGGUGUACAGGUGUCGAUGUUGACGUUCCCUUUGCACCUGAUUUUACCUCUUUAGAUCAUGAGUAAACCAUUCAACAACCCCACCUUCUCCUGCCCAACUCCAUGUGCAUUUGUUGUACUCUUUUUUUUUUUUUU